GCCGUCUGUGUUUGUUUAUUUGCUAUUAUUUUUACAAUCUACGCCUCUAAGUAAGCAUGAGCACAAUAAAGAUUGAAUUUGCAGUUCAAAUGCGCAACGAAAAAUGCGCUAAUGAGAUAAAACGUGUCUUAACGAGCAGAUUGGGUGAGGAGGGUCAAAUAGAAAUAGACACCAAACAGGGCCGGGUGAUAGUAGAGACUAACACGCCUUGGUCAGUGAUACAGGACACGAUUGAGAGCACCGGCCGAAAGGCAGUGCUAUCUGGCUUCGGUGGACAAUCGGCAGUUGCACUCAUAAAUACCACCGGUAGCGUUGUGGACCGAACUCCCGUACAGGGUGUUGUACGUUUUACGUCUAUAACAGCGCAGGAUGGAGGCGGUUUAGUAGUUGAUGGAGUGGUGGAUGGUCUGAAACCGGGACUUCAUGGUUUACAUAUACACGAAAGUGGAGAUGUAUCGCAGGGCUGCGCAUCAAUCGGCGGACACUACAAUCCUAGACAAUCUCCCCAUGGCAGUCCACAGGCCACGCAGCGGCAUGCAGGAGAUUUGGGAAACAUUCGUGCGGAUCCGGAUGGUCGUGCAACAUUCCGUUUUAUAGAUCCAUUGCUGGAGGUGUGGGAUAUUAUUGGUCGAGCAGUUGCGAUCACGGCUGAAGCUGACGAUUUGGGAAGUGGUAACAACUCGCAAAGUCUAAUCGAUGGGAACUCGGGAGAAAGAAUUGCCUGUGGCAUAAUAGCGCGUUCUGCUGGUAUACUGCAGAACUUCAAACGGAUCUGUGCAUGUGACGGCGUUACGCUUUGGGAUGAAAGAAAUAAACCUUUGGCAGGAAAGGAACGUUCACAAAAGCUUUGAAUCAUCCUUAUUUAAUUUGUAAAUAUGUAUAGGUAUAAAUUUGUUAUUUUUGCUUUUGUUUAAUCUACCAUUUCGAUGGAUGCUUUACGUUUUAAGCACCCCUUCAACUGGAUCAAGUGAGCCUUGCACUUACUUCUAUACGCUUGCACUAAUUUUCCACAAAGUGGUGGUGGUGAGAUGGCCAUUGCUGCAUGUAUCUGUAAGAUUAAAAUUUAUUUUCAUUUUCUUAUAAUAAAUUUGUGGAUUACUACUUCAA